AAAACCAAAUCCCAUAUCUUAACCCAAAAGAAUGGGAACAAUGGGGGCCUCUCUAGUUCUCAGUCUUCUAGUGGCAAUACUCGCUUUUGCUUCGCAAACCUCGGCAAACUACCCUUACUCCUCCCCUCCACCCCCUGUUUCUCCUCCUUACUACUACAAGUCACCGCCGCCGCCAGUGCAUUACGCACCACCCCAUCAUCCUUACUAUCCUCCCAAGUCACCGCCUAAGCCUCCGGUGUACUCUCCACCAAAGCAUCCUUACUACCCACCUAAGUCACCACCCAAGCCGCCGGUGUACUCUCCUCCUAAGCAUCCGUACUACCCACCAAAGUCGCCACCAAAGCCUCCGGUGUACUCUCCUCCUAAGCACCCCCAUUACCCGCCAAAGUCACCACCCAAGCCUCCGGUGUACUCUCCUCCCAAGCAUCCUUACUACCCACCAAAGUCACCACCAAAGCCUCCGGUCUACUCACCACCCAAGCACCCCCAUUACCCGCCAAAGUCACCACCCAAGCCUCCGGUGUACUCUCCUCCAAAGCAUCCUUACUACCCACCAAAGUCACCACCAAAGCCUCCGGUCUACUCACCACCCAAGCACCCCCAUUACCCUCCCAAGUCACCACCAAAGCCUCCAGUAUACUCACCACCUAUCUAUCACUACAAAUCUCCACCACCUCCAUCACCACUACCACCACCACCAAAGAAACCUUACUACUAUAAGUCUCCUCCUCCUCCACCACCAAAAAAGAAGCCCUACCACCCACACCACUCACCACCACCACCCAAGAAGCCAUACCACUACGCUUCUCCCCCACCACCACCACCAUCUCCUCCACCACCAAAACCAGUCUACUCACCACCACACCACCACCCAUACAUUCCCCCCAAGUCACCACCUAAGCCACCAGUGUACUCACCACCCAAGCAUCCUUACUACCCUCCCAAGUCACCGCCCUCUCCAACACCACCAGUAUACUCACCACCCAAGCACCCCCAUUACCCUCCUAAGUCACCACCAGUGUACUCACCACCUAAGCACCCCCACUACCCUCCCAAGUCACCACCGAAGCCUCCGAUGUACUCACCACCUAAACAACCCCACUACCCUCCCAAGUCACCACCUUACCACUACAAGUCUCCACCACCGCCUUCUCCUCCUCCUCCAGUCUACUCUCCACCUCACAUUCCAUACCACUACAAGUCACCACCACCACCACCACCAGUGUACAAGUCUCCUCCUCCACCACCACCACCGGCUUACAUCUACGCAUCACCUCCUCCUCCUUACCACUACUAGAUAAUGAGCUAGCUCACAUGCCUCCUGGUGUGAAGAAGAAGAAAAAGAAGAAUAAAAAAUGGGUUUGUCCAAAGGAAGGAAACCUAUCAAUCAUGCACACGAGCAAGAGCAGAGAAUAGCUAGCGAGUCUCCGCGUGUGAUGUGAAUGUUCUUAAUAGUUUCUAUUAUUAAUUAGGAGAAAAAUUUCAACAUCAAUAUUUUCAUUUCCAUGCACCCGACAGUUGUAGUGCACCAUGCCAUCUUCGAUUAAAGAGAUAAAAUCUAUGUCGUUUGUUUCACCCUUCUUCCCAAUGGAGACGUUCGUGAAUAAUAAAAAUACCAUUUCCGAAA